AUGGAAAGACUUGAAGUUACUUAUGAAGCACUCCGCGCUACGAUUGCUAAGCAAUCAAACCAAACCGGCUUGGACCUGGGUAGGGAAGCCAUUAUAGAGAAUGGCGUAUCACUGGAACUAUCAACACCACCCUGUUUCACCCUCUUCUCUUCAUUUCCCCCCGAGAUUCGAGACAUGAUCUGGAGUUUCUCGCUACCCCCUGAUACGCAAGAGGUAUGCCUCCUAGAGAAAGACGACGACGGUAUGACCGAUACGUCUCCCAUAAUCUGGACCAAAUUCCCAGCAAUUAUGCACGUAUGCCGAGAAGCGCGGAAUAUAGCCAAAUUGUACCUUCAAUUUCGCUAUUGGGAAGAGGGGCAAUGUAUGUUACCAUGUCGGCAUUUUCGCCCUGACCUGGAUAUGUACGUUCUUACGCCAAAAGCCCCGUUGUCCUCUGAAAUAGCGGCGAAACUGCGGUAUGCGGCCCUCGAUGCUAUGCCAAAUAGUUAUCGACAAGUCAUGUUCUUGAACGCCCUUCCAUACCUCAAGAAUCUGGAGACGUUGUAUCUCAUGCACACUCUACCGAUAAACCUGGAACCUUAUAACAAAAUUGGCAAGCUAAAGCCACUAAUGAAGGCGACCCCAAACAAGCUUCCCGAGCAAAUGCAGCGUUCGGUUGUCCGCUGGCGCGAAAGCCUGUCAACCCUUGCAAAGAAUCGUCUAUCCACGUGGAACGACGACAUCAAGGCCGCUAUCUGGGACGAUGAAAAGCAGGCGCUCAAACUACAUGUUGAGAUGGAUGUCUUCAUCCACUAUAACUGA